CACGCGCCGGUUGCCGUAGCCGGGUAUGGCGGCCACCAGGAUGUCCCUGCUGCGGCCGCUCCGCCACCGUCUGAUCGCAUGGCCGGGAAGCUGCCAGACCCGGUCCCCGCGGUUGCAGUGGCCUCCGCCGCCGGGGAGCGCGUUUCCCGCCGCGCGCCGGCUCUCCGCCGCCGCCUCCAGCAAGGAGCUGCUCGUGACGCUGCGCCGGAAGACGGGCUACUCGUUCGUGAACUGCAAGAAAGCCCUGGAGACUUGCGGCGGCGAUCUCCAGCAGGCAGAGAUCUGGCUCCACCAGCAGGCUCAGAAGGAGGGCUGGAGUAAAGCCGCCAAGCUCAGCGGGAGGAAGACGAAGGAAGGUCUGAUUGGGCUUCUGCAGGAUGGAAACGCGGCCGUGUUAGUAGAAGUAAACUGUGAGACAGAUUUUGUUUCCAGGAAUGUGAAGUUUCAGCAGUUGGUCCAGCAAGUAGCCCUCGGAACCAUGUUGUAUUGUCAGAGCCUAAAGGAUCAACUCUCCACAUACCGGAAAGGCUUCUUAAAUUCCUCAGAGCUCUCUGAACUUCCAGCUGGGCCAGAGAGAGAAGGAUCUCUUAGGGAUCAGCUGACCUUAGCCAUUGGGAAACUGGGAGAGAACAUGACCCUGAAGCGAGCAGCCUGGGUGAGCGUGCCAGCUGGGUUCUAUGUCGGCUCCUACGUCCACGGAGCAGUACAGGGCCCCUCACCCCACAACCUGGUGCUGGGGAAAUAUGGGGCCUUGGUGGUCUGCGAGGCGGCCGAGCCAAAAGCCAACCUGGAGGAUAUUGGCCGUCGCCUGGGGCAGCACGUGGUGGGCAUGGCCCCCCUCUCUGUUGGCUCCCUGGAUGAUGUGCCUGGCGGCGAGACGGAAACCAAGAUGCUGUCCCAGCCGUACUUGCUGGACCCGUCCAUCACGCUGGGACAGUUUGUGCAGCCCCACGGGGUGUCUGUAGUGGACUUCGUACGAUUUGAGUGUGGAGAAGGCGAAGAGGCAGCAGAGGCUGGAUAGGCUCCAGAGACUGAGCCAGGAAGAAGCACUUGUAUUAGCUUUGGACAGCAUUGCAAAAAGGAGCUACAUCCGAAGCCUCUUCAAGCCCUGAGUGUGUUUCUCAUUUUUUAAGUUUAUAAUGAAAUUAUAAGCAUCAUGGGUAAAGUUAAUAAAAUUGUGUAAUGAAGUGAA